AUGAUCCGGGAAGUGGUACUGGAUUUGGUAAAAAAAGACCUGGAUAAGAACAGUCUCCUCUACAACGAUGCACUGAAAUACGGAUUGGAUCUGCUCGUUUACACGGCCAGCUGCGAUGCAGUCCACUCGAAGUACGGCCUAGUUCUUUUUGAGGAGGGUAUGACGUACAGGGAGAUUGUGGCGUAUCAACGCGUAUGCACUGGAAGCAACAAGAUGCUGAUACUUGCUGUGUAUCAGAAUAAUCGAAUUCACUACGUACAGGUUGAGAGACUCGUUGCAGAAUGA